AUGAACACUGCGCUGUAUCACUCAGCGGGAUUAUUCAGCUCGCCAUCGGCUUCUGGAAGCUUAACGGCGGGAGGAAACAUGAUCACCACGGCCAAGCCGCUCGCCUUCUCAAUCGAAAGGAUUAUGGCUAGGACACCGGAACCAAAGUCGAUACAACUCCCCAACGUGUUCCAUGCGCCCGGGGGGAACGCGGACCCAAAGCAGGCGCUCAGCGUGAACCCUUCAUCACUGCACUGUAUGAUUCCCUUCGUGCCACUCGCCUACGAGCCGGGCCACAAACUUCACCUCAACGGACUGGAUACAAACCACUUUGAAGCCUCUUCGUGCAACUCCAACGACUUGGUGAGCAUCGGUUUGAACUACAAAAACGACCAUUCUGAUGUGACCCCAACGGUGGGGCAGUAUAAACUUUUCCGGCCGCGAGUGGUCAACCAAGCAUCCUUUCACGCCAUGGGUGCGAUAUGCUACCUGAACUGCGGCGAGAACUCGUGUCCGCCGCCGACAGGCAUAGUGAACAUCCACCCUAUGGCCUCGUACUUUUUCAACUCUCCACUGCAAGGCCGCCAGAGAGCUGCUGCGUCUGAGAAGAGCAAGGUUGGCCACGGCGGCGACAGGUACCAGUCCGGGGUGUCCUUCAAAGACCUGUCCCAAACUCGGCUGCAGCAGUACAUGAAAGAGAGCGCACAGAUAUUGACGGAGAAGCUUUUUAAAACCUCCUCAAAACUCAACGGAUCUCCACAAAGCAAGCCAAAAGUGUUUACAUGUGAAGUCUGUGGCAAGGUUUUCAAUGCCCACUAUAACCUGACGCGUCACAUGCCAGUGCACACAGGAGCCAGACCUUUUGUGUGCAAGGUCUGCGGCAAAGGAUUUCGCCAAGCUAGUACUCUCUGUCGCCAUAAAAUUAUACAUACUCAGGAAAAACCUCACAAGUGUAACCAGUGCGGGAAAGCCUUCAAUCGAAGUUCAACUCUCAACACACAUGCCCGGAUUCACGCGGGUUACAAGCCUUUCAUCUGUGAAUUCUGUGGGAAGGGCUUUCAUCAGAAAGGCAACUACAAGAACCACAAGCUGACUCACAGUGGCGAGAAGCAGUUCAAGUGUAAUAUUUGCAACAAGGCUUUCCACCAAGUGUACAACCUUACGUUCCAUAUGCACACGCACAACGACAAGAAACCCUUCACCUGCCCCACCUGCGGCAAAGGGUUCUGCCGGAACUUUGAUCUGAAAAAGCACAUUAGAAAACUACAUGACGCCUCCCCCGGACCCCAAUCGCCUUGCGCGCUCCCGCACAUCAAUACAGAAAAUCGCCGGGACUGA